GUAUAGACAACAAGAUCCACAAAUAAAAGAUUAGUGAUGAUUAUCCUCCCCCCUCCCCUCCUCAUCUCUGCCUCGACACCAGUGAGGGUAGGAGAGAGAGGUAGACUUUCAGUUCUAGACUACAGUCACACAGUGAAACAGUAGAUGUCCCCUUAUGCAUUUUUAACUGCUCAGCAGGUGAUGGGAACAGUUUGGUCGGGACAGUUUGUCCACAGAUAGAGUGACCAAGUGAUCAGGUGAAGUGGUCAAAAAUUCUGGGGUGUACCAGUAAAAUAGGAUGCCCGGAGCCAGUGGCGUCAACGUUGAGGGCUCUUGUAAGGCCCUGUGUCGAACCCUGGUCUCUCAGAACGGACUCCAGAGAGAAACAGCCGACAUCUCCCAGUCUGUCCUCUACACCUCUCUGAUGGGCCUGCUUCUGGUUGCCGACAACGAGAAAACGCAGCUCACCAUAGGAAGUGGAAGGGUUGGCCUUAGAAACAUAGGAAACACAUGUUUCCUAAACGCAGUAGUCCAAUGUUUGUCUCACACACGUGGCCUACGGGACUACAGCCUCCUCAAGGCCUACAGGGAUGAGAAGUUCUCCAAAGAGGAGGCUAAGCUCAUGGAGGCUUUUUCUCAGGUGCUGUCAGGCCUUUGGGACGUAAAUGAAGGGGACACAGUUGUAAAUCCACGACAGUUUUACAGUCUAUUUAAAGAAGCAGUGCCUUACUUCAGUGGAUACAGUCAACAGGAUGCGCAGGAGUUCCUUAGGUUCCUUUUGGACAAGCUGCACACAGAAAUCAACCGCAGACCCUACGUUCGGCGAACAGGGAAGGAGCCUGUACAAAACUUUGCCAGAUUUCGGAUUUCAGAAGAGGCAGCUGCCAUGUGGAAGAAGCACUUAGAGAGAGAUGACAGCAGAAUAGUAGACCUGUUCUCGGGCCAGCUGAGGAGUUCGCUGCAUUGCUCAGUGUGCUCUCACUACUCCAACACCUUCGAUGUGUUCUGCGAUCUGUCGCUGCCCAUCCCCAAGAGAAGCUCCGCUGGGCAGGUCACGCUGAGGGAGUGCCUGGAGCUCUUCUCUCAGGAGGAGAAACUGGAAAAAGACAAUUCACCAAUGUGCGAGAGGUGUAACAGGCAUACAGAGUGCACAAAGCGACUUUCCAUCCAGAGGUUUCCCCAGGUCAUUGUGAUCCAUCUGAACCGCUUUACCACGUCACGGUGGUCUAUCAGUAAAAGCACAGUGUACGUGUCCUUCCCGAUCACUAACCUGGACCUUGGAUGCUACGGGCCUGUCGACUGUGGCCCAGUUCUGUAUGAUUUAUACGCAAUAUGUAACCACGCCGGGACGGUUAACAUGGGCCACUACACAGCCUGCUGUUCAGAUGAAAAUGGGUGGUGCUUCUACAAUGACACCAGUGUGACUCCAGUCUCAGAGAACCAGCUUCAGACCAACCAAGCCUAUGUGCUGUUCUACCAGCGCAACAACAGCGCCACCGCCGUCAGGAAAUAGACCCGAGACUGGCUGAGCCAAGCAGCCAAUCAGAGCAACUUUACCUCCAGUGUCCAUAGAAACAAAUAGAAGCAGCAGUGCUGUAAAUCUGAGAUACGUGAACAGCUCCGUCUCAAUAAAGCAUGCCCUCGAAUAAACUUUGAGAAGGAGGAGAGCAAGGCCAUGCUCACUUUAAGAAGGGCUUGUGAGGUGACCUCGCCUUCUGAAACAAGGAGAUGCUUCUGAAGAGUCUCACUGAGAGAGCUGAGGCAGCUGAGGUGGACUGCAGCCCUCUGAGCCCCACUUCUCAGGCAGGAGGGAGCAGUGUACUUGCACAUGACGCAGAGUUCUUAAUGUUAGAUCCUUGUGAUUCAUGCUUGCGAUGCAACAUAAAUCCAAAUAAACAAUGGGGAAACUC